GGUGGGCGGAGCUGGGCCACGGUGGUGCGCAUGCGCAAACACUACAUCCGGUGUGAUCGUCGAGUCUUCUAGGAGUUUGGGGAACGCCGGCCCGAGUACCCCGAGUGUGUAGUCAUGUCGGCGUCGGUAGUGUCGGUUAUCUCGCGGUUCUUAGAAGAGUACUUGAGCUCCACUCCGCAGCGUCUGAAGUUGCUGGACGCGUACCUCCUGUAUAUACUGCUGACCGGGGCGCUGCAGUUCGGUUACUGUCUCCUCGUGGGGACCUUCCCCUUCAACUCUUUCCUCUCGGGCUUCAUCUCAUGUGUGGGGAGUUUCAUCCUAGCGGUUUGCCUGAGAAUACAGAUCAAUCCACAGAACAAAGCGGAUUUCCAAGGCAUCUCUCCAGAGCGAGCCUUUGCUGAUUUUCUCUUUGCCAGCACCAUCUUGCACCUUGUUGUCAUGAACUUUGUUGGCUGAAUCAUUCCCAUAUGCUUAAUUGAGGAGUAGGAGACUGGAAGAAUGU